UUGAAUUAAUUCUAAAUUCCCGCCCUUUCCUCGAUCGGUAUUGCAGACACACGAGGUUGCUUGUUACCUAUUUACCCGGCUGAGCGUUCUUUUCGCGCAGUGAAUUUGCCUAUCAAAAUGACUGAAGGAACGGCUACAAUUCGCACCCGCAAAUUUAUGACCAACAGAUUGUUGGCUCGUAAACAAAUGGUUGUGGAUGUUUUGCAUCCAGGACAGCCCUCUGUUAAGAAAACAGACAUUAGGGAAAAAUUAGCCAAAAUGUACAAAGUCACACCUGAUGUAGUAUUUGUAUUUGGUUUCCGUACAAACUUUGGUGGUGGUAAAUCAACUGGCUUUGCCUUGAUCUAUGACACAUUAGACUUUGCCAAGAAAUUCGAACCUAAACACAGACUCGCCCGCCACGGUCUCUAUGAAAAGAAACAACAGACGCGUAAACAGCGUAAGGAAAGGAAGAACAGGAUGAAGAAGGUCCGUGGUACGAAGAAGAGUAAAGUGGGUGCUGCUGCCAAGAAGGGAGGAAAAUAAGUUAAUUUUAUCAGUAAAAUGGGUACAUUUAUCCAGGACAUGCACUUCAUUGUGUUGCAUGUAUAUUUAUGGACUGGAAGUGUUUCUUAUAUAUGUGUGAUGCAAUAAACAUCUUUGAAGUGCAAA